AUGAGCAACCACAUCAGCUGGCUUGGUCUGGCGGCCUUGUCAUCCAUCGCGGGUUUGCCUCUUGCUGAUGCCCGCGCCCUUAUCAAAGACAAUGGAGCGGCCGACAACGACAGCAACCUGCUCCUCACCCGUGGCGAACAUGAUGACACAUGUUCUUCGGUCAUAAUCAACAUCGACCCCGACCGCUAUGGCUGCGGACCCGGACAGCUUUCCGUACUCGAUACAUGUCAGGACCUCGUCUUCGGCUCAGACCCGCUUAGUUGUGCUGGCAAAAAGUGCCUGCCUGGCCAGUGGUGUGACGAAGAUGUCUGCCGCUCGAUCCAGGUCCUCACAAGCCCUCUCCAGUGUGGCCCUGCCAAAGAAGACUGUGGCAGCAACCAGGUCUGCGUCAACGGCGUCGUGCAGCCCAUCGACACUGGAUUCGACGGCACGAGCUGCGGAGCUGAAGGCUCCAAUAAGACUGCUUGCAACCCUGGCUGGGCUUGCUACGAAAAUUCAUGUACACCCAUCACUAUCGGAUCCAAUGGCUGUGGCUCGAAGGACACCGAGUGCGCCUACGAGCACCUCAUCAUUGGUACUGACUCAACCCACUGCGGCUCCAACGAGACCGCAUGCGACUCUGGAAGUCUCUGCGUCUUUUCCGAAUGCUUGCCCCUGGACUUAGGAGCCGGGGAGACAUCUGAUGACGUCGCUCCUGGCAGCAUCUGCUACGAUGGCGAAAUCAUUCCCAUUCACAUCAGCACAGAUAACACCACCUGCGGUGAACCAGUUGCACACUGCGAGCCUGGCUCGGUCUGUGUUUCUGGCGUCUGUAUCAGCGACUUGUACGAUCCCAGUUGCGGCCAUGGCGACAAGCCUGGGUCUGGCGGCGCUGCUGGCGGCAACUCCAAGCCUCACCAUGACGGCAAUCGCAAGCCUGUUCACGGUGACCGACCCUCAAACACCAUCUGGAGGCCUGCGCCACUCUGCCCACCUGGCAAGGUUCAAGCCGGCCAUCUCUGCGUCGAUGUCUUUGGAGACGCCAAAGACUGCUCCGGUAAACCAUGCUCCUCCAGCUCACUCUGCUGCCGGGGACGCUGUAUUGACUUCGACGUUGGAUCUGACGCGUCCGAUUGCGAUGGGAAGUGCGGCGACGGCUACUUCUGCUACGACAAGGAGUGCUAUCCUUCCGAAAUUGAGCCCGUCCUGCAGUGCGGCUCGCAGCAGUGUGCUCCUCACCAGGCCUGCCUGGGUGGUAAAGUCUGUCUCGACGUCACGGGCGAUCCACAGAGUUGCGAGAACAGCGAGCCAUGCCCCGCAAACAACGUGUGCAUACUCGGAAGCUGUGUCUCCGUCGACACUGGCGAGGAUCCCAAUGCGUGCGGACCCAAAGCCCUGAAGUGCCCUCCUGGCACUCUUUGCUUGGACUCCGAGUGCAUCUCUGCCGGCAUCCCGGGUUUCCCUGGCGGACCUGGCCGGCCCGGCGGAUCCGGCGAAGCUGGCAAGCCUGGCGGUUCGGGCGGGCGUUGGCACCCCUGGCGGAAAGCCUGGUCCCGACGAGUCUGA